GGGAAAGAAAUUGGGGGCAAAAAAAAAAAAAUCUAAUCCAUCCCUGACCCUUGGGCGGGCGGUUGCCUCUCCGCCGGUCCGCCCUAAAACCCCGCCGCCGACGAAAUAAAACCGCCCAGCUCUGCGAGCACGCGAGUCAUGCCGCAGGUGGCCGCCCCUCUCCGCCUCCGCCUCCUCCUCCCCCUCUCCCAAACCCUAGCCCCCUCCCCCCUCCUCCACCUCUCGCGCCGCCUCUUCACCUCCUCCUCCUUCCCCUCCUUGGGGUGCGCCGCCAGCCUCCGCGCCCUCGCCUACCGCGGCCGCCACCAUCACCCCCGCCGCGGGAGCAGCACGCUCCGGAAGGCGCCCAGGGAGGAGAUGGCCGGCGGAGGGGAUAAGGAGGUGGCCUUCAACAGGAAGCGGGCGGAGGGGAUGGACGUCGGGAAGCGCGGGAGCAUGGAGCUCAAGGCCCGCAAGCUCAACCCCGUCAACACCACCUGCUACGUGCAGAUACUUGGUACAGGGAUGGACACCCAGGACACUUCACCUUCUAUUUUACUCUUCUUUGACAAACAAAGGUUUAUAUUUAAUGCGGGAGAGGGUCUUCAACGUUUCUGUACUGAACACAAGAUAAAGUUAUCAAAGAUUGACCAUAUCUUUUUGACUCGCGUGUGCUCAGAAACUGCAGGGGGCCUUCCAGGCCUGGUGCUAACUCUGGCAGGCAUAGGAGAUGAGGGCAUGUCGGUGAACAUAUGGGGCCCUUCUGACCUUGACUUUCUAGCUGGGGCAAUGAGAUCUUUUAUACCAAAUAGAGCAAUGCUCCACACACAUAGCUUUGGUGCCGAAUGCAAUGCAUCUUCUUCACAACCUAAGGACUCUUUUAUUAUUCUUGAUGAUGAAGUAGUUAGGAUAUCAGCAAUGUUUGUCAAACCAAAGUACCAAAAUGGAGCUGGUAGCUUGAAUGAUAUUGACUUGAAGCCAGGUGAUACUGCUAUAGUCUAUGCAUGUGAAUUGCCAGAAAUUAAGGGAAAGUUUGACCCUGCUAAGGCUGCUGCCCUUGGUCUGAGGCCUGGGCCCAAGUAUCGAGAACUUCAACUUGGGAACUCUGUGCAGUCUGAUCAGUUCGACGAAAUGGUUCAUCCAAGUGAUGUUCUUGGGCCGUCAAUUCCUGGACCAGCUGUUCUUCUGGUGGAUUGCCCUACACAAUAUCAUAUGCCAGAACUUUUCUCACUGCAACCCCUUAGCUCCUUUUAUGAAGACUCUUCGAACCAAAGAGAGAGUGGCAAGAAAGUAAAUUGCAUAAUCCACUUAGGUCCAUCCUCCGUGACUAAAUCUGUUGACUAUCAGAACUGGAUGAAAAGAUUUGGUGAAACGCAACAUAUCAUGGCAGGACAUGAAAUUAAAAACAUGGAAAUUCCUAUCUUGAAAGGUAGUGCAAGAAUAUCGUCGCGCCUCAAUUUUGUAUGCCCUCAGUUAUUCCCAUCCUCUGGGUUUUGGUCUGUGAAACCUGCAAAUGAUGUCAUGGAGAAUGAUAAGAGUACUUCGUUGGAAGCCUAUGGAAUUGUGUCUGCGCAAAAUCUGCUCAAGUUUCAUCUGCGUCCAUAUGCUCAACUGGGGUUGGAUAGUGCUUCUAUUCCAAGUUUGUUCACCUACAAGGAUAUUGUAGAAGAGCUUGUGUCUGAGAUCCCAGAGGUUAGGGAAGUUCCUGAACAGGUUCUCAAAUUCUGGCAAAAUAAUGCGAUUGUCAAAAAUAUACCACCAGCAGGCAGUUGUAUGCUGAUGGUUGAAGAGCCAUGGAUCGGUCAGAAAUCAGAUAAGCUAGUUGACGGCAGCCCAAACCAUCCACGGGACAAUCAGAAGAUCCCUUGUUGUGUGGAGGAUGCAUCAAGGGAAGAUAUGGAGAUUACAUUUUUGGGUACAGGUUCAUCUCAGCCUUCAAAAUAUCGGAACGUAAGUUCUAUAUAUAUUAACUUGUUUGCUCAAGGAGGUAUACUUCUUGAUUGUGGUGAAGGAACUUUAGGACAACUAAAGAGGAGGUUUGGUGUAAAUGGUGCCGAUGAAGCUGUAAAAAAUUUGAGGUGUAUUUGGAUUUCGCAUAUUCAUGCUGACCACCACACAGGGUUAGCUAGAGUUCUUGCUCUAAGGUCUAAAUUGUUAAAAGGGAUGCCUCAUAAACCCUUGCUUGUGAUUGGGCCAAGACCACUUGAGAGAUUCCUAAGUGCUUAUUCAACACUUGAAGAUCUUGACAUGCAAUUCCUAGACUGCAGGAAUACUUUGAAGCCUAGCGUCGAGGCUUUUCUCAGUGAAAAUGUUACUGGAUCAGCCACACCUCAACUAGAGAACACGAUGUUUGCCCCUGGAAGUAGAAUGGAGAACUACAACAGGAAGCCUGCAAGUCCAAGGGAUACCACAGCUCUUGCUAAUUUUAAAGAAGUUCUGCAGGAAUCAGGCUUGGACAUUCUGUACAGUGUCCCUGUAGUACACUGUCCACAGGCAUUUGGCGUUGUUUUGAGAGCCACAGAGAAGGUGAACAGUGCUGGAAAGGUUAUUCCAGGCUGGAAGGUUGUAUAUUCUGGUGACACACGGCCCUGUCCAGCUCUUAUAGAUGCAUCCAGAGAUGCAACAGUGCUAAUACAUGAGGCAACAUUUGAGGACAGUAUGAAGGACGAAGCAAUCGCGAGGAACCAUAGCACAACAAAGGAGGCAAUAGAAGUAGGCACAUCAGCUGGAGCAUACCGGAUCAUUUUGACCCACUUCAGCCAGCGAUACCCAAAAAUCCCAGUUAUUGAUGAGGUUGACAUGGAGAAGACGUGCAUUGCCUUUGACCUGAUGAGUGUAAACCUUGCGGAUUUGCCUGUCUUGCCCAAGGUUCUGCCACACCUGAAGGUCCUAUUCAAGGACGAGAUGGUAGUUGAGGAAGCUGAUGAGAUCCAAGAGGCUGCUGUGUACUGAUAGAUAAAAGAAUUCAAAUUAGUUUUGAUCGCAGUACUAUAGCUUUUAACAUUGUUUCUUUGACCUGAGAAUCCAAUUGAAGGCCGCCUAGCCAGACGGGAACGGGAAGGAAUAAACUAAAGCUGACCACUGUCAAUGCCAAGCCAGAAACUGCAUCUGCAGGAAGUUCCUGUUUCGCGGGGAACUGCGCGUCCGUCCAUCUGGUGCAGAAUAGAUUAGAGCUGUAUCAUUUUCUUCUCCUUUGCAAUUGUUUGUAAGUGCUGUGAAUUGGAUAUAAUAAAUAUAAAUUUGCAGCUAAUUUUUUUGGGACCGUGCCUGAGCACAUAAGAUAAAUUUGUAUCUGUUCGCUGUUCUUUUGAUG